UUUGCAUUCUCUCUUCCAACUCCUAGCGACAUCGGAACAUUUCCCUAGUAUCCCUCCUUUGGAAACUGGUGGUCUCCUUUCCUCAAGGGCACAUGAUGUCUUUGCCUUUCUAUCAGAAGUCUCAUCAGCACUAUGAUCUCAGCUACCGCAACAAGGACCUACGCACUACCAUGAGCCACUACCAGCAGGAGAAGAAGCGAUCUGCCAUCUACACCCAUGGCUCCACAGCCUACAGCAGCCGCUCCUCUGCGGCACAUCGCCAGGAAUCAGAGGCCUCUAGCCAGGUGUCUGCUUCCUCCUACCAGCAGCAGGCCUCUCAGGCCUACAGUCUUGGGGCCACACAAUACUCUGGUUCUGAAGUCAGUCGGAAGGCAGCUUCAGCCUAUGAUUAUGGCUACUCUCACGGACUUACAGAUACCAGUCUGCUGAUGGAAGAUUACUCAUCCAAGUUGAGCCCUAAAAUAAAGAGAGCCAAGCACAGCCUUCUGUCUGGAGAGGAGAAAGAAAACUUAGCAAGCAACUACAUGGUGCCUAUAUUCUCUGGACGUCAAGUGCAUGUCAGUGGAAUUACAGAUACAGAAGAAGAAAGAAUUAAAGAAGCUGCUGCUUACAUAGCCCAGAGGAAUCUUCUUGCUAGUGAGGAAGGACUUAUGACCUCCAAACAAUCUACAACAUCCAAGCAGUCCAAGGUCUCCAAGCAGGCCACAUCCACCCUUCAACAAGAAGAAACUUUUGAAAAGAAGUCAAGGAAAGUUGCAGUGCGAGAAAAGGCAGAACAGCUCUCACUGAGAAAAACAUUGGAGGAAACCCAGGCAUAUCAUGGAAAACUGAAUGAAGACCAUCUUCUACAUGCUCCUGAGUUUAUCAUUAAACCUCGUUCACACACAGUUUGGGAAAAAGAGAAUGUAAAAAUACAUUGUUCUGUAGCAGGCUGGCCAGAGCCUCACCUCACAUGGUAUAAAAAUCAAGUGCCAAUAAAUGUGCAUGCGAACCCUGGGAAGUAUAUUAUUGGAAGUCGAUAUGGAAUGCACACUCUGGAGAUUAACGAAUGUGACUUUGAAGACACAGCUCAGUACCGGGCAUCGGCGAUGAAUGUUAAAGGAGAGCUUUCAGCCUAUGCUUCAGUUGUGGUAAAGAGAUAUAAGGGAGAGUUUGAUGAGACUCGCUUCCAUGCUGGCGCUUCCACCAUGCCUCUCAGCUUUGCUGUGACCCCUUAUGGUUAUGCAUCCAAGUUUGACAUCCACUUUGAUGAUAAGUUUGAUGUGUCUUUUGGGAGAGAGGGAGAGACGAUGAGUCUGGGCUGCCGGGUAGUGAUCACUCCUGAAAUUAAGCAUUUCCAGCCAGAGGUCCAGUGGUACAGAAAUGGGGCACCUGUUUCUCCGUCAAAAUGGGUGCAAACAUAUUGGAGUGGAGAUCGGGCAACACUGACAUUUUCUCAUCUCAACAAAGAAGAUGAAGGCCUUUAUACCAUCCGUGUUCGAAUGGGAGAAUACUAUGAGCAAUACAGCGCUUAUGUCUUUGUUCGAGAUGCUGAUGCAGAGAUUGAAGGAGCCCCUGCUGCACCCCUGGAUGUGAUGUGCUUGGAUGCCAACAAGGAUUACAUCAUCAUCUCUUGGAAGCAGCCAGCUGUAGAUGGAGGGAGCCCUAUUCUGGGAUAUUUUAUUGAUAAGUGUGAGGUAGGCACAGAUUGCUGGUCUCAGUGCAAUGACACACCUGUGAAGUUUGCUCGAUUUCCAGUCACUGGAUUGAUAGAAGGUCGUUCAUACAUAUUCCGAGUUCGAGCUGUGAAUGAAACUGGAAUAGGCCUACCAUCUCGAGUCUCUGAGCCUGUGGCUGCUCUGGACCCAGCUGAGAAAGCUAGACUUAAAAGUCGCCCUUCAGCACCCUGGACUGGACAGAUCAUUGUCACUGAAGAGGAACCUACAGAGGGAAUUGUUCCUGGUGCCCCCACAGACCUCUCUGUCACUGAGGCCACUCGGAGCUAUGUAGUGCUAAGCUGGAAGCCUCCUGGCCAACGUGGCCAUGAAGGCAUUAUGUACUUUGUGGAAAAGUGUGACGCAGGGACAGAAAACUGGCAGCGAGUGAACACAGAGCUCCCCGUAAAGUCUCCUCGCUUUGCUCUGUUCGACCUGGCUGAAGGAAAAUCCUACUGCUUUCGUGUCCGCUGUUCUAAUUCAGCGGGAGUUGGUGAACCGUCAGAGCCAACGGAAGUGACCGUGGUAGGGGACAAACUCGAUAUUCCCAAGGCUCCUGGCAAAAUCAUCCCGAGUCGAAACACUGAUACUUCAGUGGUGGUUUCGUGGGAGGAGUCCAAAGACGUCACUGAACUGGUUGGGUACUACAUUGAGUCCAGUGUAGUUGGCUCUGGAAAGUGGGAGCCUUGUAACAACAACCCAGUAAAGGGCUCACGAUUUACUUGUCAUGGACUAGCUACUGGUCAGAGUUAUAUUUUCCGGGUCAGAGCAGUUAAUGCAGCUGGACUUAGUGAAUAUUCCCAGGAUUCAGAAGCCAUUGAAGUCAAAGCUGCUAUUGGCGGAGGAGUGUCUCCAGAUGUGUGCCCUCCACUGAUCGAUGUUCCUGGUCGACUAACAGACUCCAGGGGGGUUGUGCAUGGAGCCUCCCUGCCAACAUUGCAGAAAGAUGCUUUGCUCAGUAGCAAACCUAAUAAACCUUCACCCGGUAGCCUUUCCAGUCUGGGCCACCCAGAAGUGAGUAAAGUAAGUGAAACAGUUCAGGAAGAGCUCACCCCAUCACCACAAGAGGCAGCUCCUAAGGGGCAAAGUAAGUCUGACUCCCUGAAAAAGAAGAAGGACCUUGUAGCGGCACCAUCCCCACCCUACGACAUCACUUGUCUUGAAAGUUUUCGUGACUCAAUGGUUCUUGGAUGGAAGCAACCAGUUAAGACUGGUGGGGCUGAAAUCACUGGCUAUUAUGUGAACUAUCGUGAGGUAACGGAUGGGAUACCAGGAAAAUGGAGAGAAGCCAACAUCAAGGCUGUCAGUGAUGCAGCAUACAAGAUUAGCGAAUUGAAGGAGAACACGGUUUAUCAGUUCCAAGUGGCGGCCAUGAACAUUGCAGGGUUGGGGGCACCCUCUGCAGUCAGUGAAUGCUUCAAGUGUGAAGAGUGGACCAUUGCUGUUCCAGGACCACCACAUAGUCUUAAAUACAGUGAAGUCAGGAAGAACUCCCUGGUUCUCCAGUGGAAGCCUCCAGUCUACUCUGGGCGGACUCCAGUCACUGGUUACUUUGUAGACUUGAAGGAAACCAGUGCCAAAGAUGACCAAUGGCGAGGACUCAAUAAAGCAGCCAUUCAAAACAAAUACCUGAAGGUGGAAGGCCUCAAGGAGGGCAUCAGCUAUGUUUUCCGUGUUCGAGCUAUCAACCAGGCAGGUGUUGGGAAGCCUUCUGAUCUUGCUGGCCCUGUUGUGGCAGAAACACGUCCAGGAACCAAAGAGGUGGUUGUAAAUGUGGAUGAUGAUGGAGUUAUUUCAUUGAACUUUGAAUGUGAUCAGAUGACUCCAAAGUCAGAAUUCACUUGGUCCAAAGAUUAUGUAUCUACUGAGGAUUCUGCACGAUUAGAAGUGGAAAGCAAAGGCAACAAGACAAAACUGACUUUCAAAGACCUCGGGACCGAUGACUUGGGCAUUUACUCUUGCGAUGUAACAGACACUGAUGGAAUAGCAUCAAGCUACCUACUCGAUGAAGCAGAAAUGAAACGUUUGCUUGCUCUCAGCCAGGAACACAAGUUCCCAACUGUUCCAUCUAAAUCAGAGUUGGCAGUUGAAAUUUUGGAGAAAGGUCAGGUCCGGUUUUGGAUGCAGGCUGAGAAGCUGUCAGGCAAUGCCAAAGUCAACUACAUAUUUAAUGAAAAGGAAAUUUUUGAGGGGCCGAAAUACAAGAUGCAUAUUGACCGAAACACUGGCAUAAUUGAAAUGUUCAUGGAAAAGCUACAGGAUGAGGAUGAGGGAACAUAUACUUUCCAGAUUCAAGAUGGAAAAGCAACUGGUCAUUCUACUCUGGUCCUCAUUGGAGAUGUUUAUAAAGAACUCCAGAAAGAAGCAGAAUUCCAGCGGCAAGAAUGGAUCAGGAAGCAAGGUCCACAUUUUGCUGAGUAUUUGAGCUGGGAAGUGACUGGUGAAUGUAAUGUACUAUUAAAAUGCAAGGUGGCAAAUAUUAAGAAGGAAACACAUAUUGUUUGGUAUAAAGAUGAGAGGGAAAUAUCAGUGGAUGAAAAGCAUGACUUUAAGGAUGGCAUCUGCACCCUGCUGAUAACAGAGUUUUCCAAGAAAGAUGCUGGUUUUUAUGAAGUUAUCCUGAAAGAUGACAGAGGAAAAGAUAAGAGCAGAUUGAAACUUGUAGAUGAAGCCUUCAAAGAACUGAUGACUGAAGUAUGCCGGAAAAUAGCUUUGUCUGCUACUGAUCUGAAAAUCCAAAGCACAGCUGAGGGCAUCCGACUAUACUCUUUUGUUACUUACUACCUGGAUGAUUUGAAAGUGAACUGGUCCCACAAUGGGACUGAUAUUAAGUUCACAGACAGGGUUAAAAGUGGGGUCACUGGGGAGCAGAUCUGGCUACAGAUCAAUGAGCCCACUCCAAAUGAUAAAGGGAAAUAUAUAAUGGAGCUCUUUGAUGGCAAAACUGGGCACCAGAAAACAGUGGAUCUUUCUGGACAAGCAUUUGAUGAAGCAUUUGCCGAAUUCCAGAGGUUAAAACAAGCUGCCAUUGCCGAGAAAAAUCGUGCCCGGGUGUUGGGCGGGCUGCCUGAUGUGGUCACCAUCCAGGAGGGCAAGGCUCUCAAUCUCACAUGCACCGUGUGGGGAGACCCUGCCCCAGAGGUGUCCUGGCUGAAGAAUGAGAAGCCACUGGUCUCAGAUGACCACUGCAACCUCAGGUUCGAGUCUGGGAAGACAGCGUUCUUCACCAUCUCAGGCGUGAGCACUGCUGACUCGGGCAAAUACGGACUGGUGGUGAAGAAUAAGUAUGGCUCGGAGACCAGCGACUUCACUGUCAGUGUGUUCAUCCCGGAGGAGGAGGCCAGGAAGGCCGCAGCUGAGCCCCAGAAAGGCAACAUGAAGUCUAAGUGAAUGGAGACUGGGCAGGUGUUAGGAGAGCCAGGCUGAGCCACCAGCACCACUUGAGCUGUUCUGUGUGAAUGGUUGAGGCUGAAGAUAAGGAAAUUGUGAUUGAGUUCUCCUUUCUAUUUUGUGCUGGCAUGAAGGAAAAUAUUCCUAUUUUUAAAGCACCAGCUAGUAAGAUGUUCAUAGUUUUUCUUCAUCUACAACUUAUGUGUUGAGAAAAUACCAAUAGUAGAAACAGUAGGAAAUGAUUUUAAGGAAAAGAGCCAAAUCAUGUUGGAGAGAUGUGCCAGAGGGCAGAGGAAUGUGCUGUGGGACAGAGUUUGAACUGAAUGGGGUUUUUUUUCCAGCAAGUUCUCCAGGACAGUGGUUACAGUUGUGCAUUCUACUAAAUAGGGGCAGCUGUGAUGUCCAUAAGUGUGAUAUGCUUUUACAACAGUGAGGUGCGUGUCUCCUGGCAGCCUCGUGAUCUGGUGCCUGCCUCUUCACUAUGAAUAAACAGUCUCC